ACGCCGUUUUGACAAAACACAAAACUCCCCUUAUCUUCAACCUUAAACCCUUCCGCACUCUUUUAUUACAGAACUCCAACUCCAGAUAUGUCAAUUGUUUCCAAGCUCAUAACCCCUCUUCACUUCACCUUAAACCCCCCAAAUUGUAGUCCCAAAUACCCAUUCUCAAGCUUCAAGCCCCUCACUGUUCAGUGUGGUAAGAGGACUAAACGGACAGGAAAACAAAGGUACCCAUCAGAGAAAAGGAAGCUGAAGCUGAAAACAAGUGACCCACUUAGUGUUGAGACCAAACUUGAUGGGUUUUGGAGGUUGUCUAAGCUCCAAGUUUCGGUUUCUGAUGAUCCUGGCAAAGAUUUUCUUGGCCUUUGUGAUGCUUUGCUUCAAGAAAUUGCUAAAGUUAUUAAAUUCCCGGUUGCUUCCAUGUUGCCACCAGAAGCCUUUACUGUCAUUCGGAAAUCUUUUGAUGCUAGGAAGAUGCAGAAGGAACCAACCUUUGUGUAUACAGUGGAGAUGGAUGUUAGCAAACUGCUAAGAUUAGAACCACGUACUUGGGACUUCAUCUGUGAGUUGGAACCAAGAACGGGGCUAAUAGAUCAUAUGCCUUAUGAAAGAGUUUCUGGUGAUUUAAUUGGCAUAAUAAAUGACAGUAGAAAUGCCAGUGAAGCUACUGAUUCUGUAGGAAGUGGAAACCACAGUUUCCCGGGAGGGUUACACAAGGUCCCAACUGCUGAGAAGCCAAAAGUUGCAGUGGUCGGUAGUGGGCCAUCAGGCUUGUUUGCAGCUCUGGUCCUUGCAGAAUUUGGUGCUGAUGUAACCAUGAUGGAAAGGGGUCAAGCAGUUGAACAGAGGGGUCGUGAUAUCGGUGCAUUGAUAGUUCGGCGAAUUUUACAACUGGACAGCAAUUUUUGCUUUGGGGAGGGUGGUGCAGGUACUUGGAGUGAUGGAAAAUUAGUCACAAGAAUUGGAAGGAACAGUAGGAGUGUACAGGCGGUUAUGAAAACUUUGGUUCGUUUUGGAGCUCCUGACAGUAUCUUAGUUGAUGGAAAACCACACUUGGGAACUGACAGAUUGAUUCCACUACUUCGCAAUUUUCGCCAGCAUCUACAGGAAUUGGGGGUCUCUAUCCGGUUUGGAACGAGGGUAGAUGAUCUGCUUGUAGAAAAUGAGCGUGUUGUGGGAGUCAAUGUUUCUGAUUCAAGAGAAAGCUUGCUACUGGAUAACCAGAAUUUGAAAUAUGAUGCAGUUGUUCUCGCAGUGGGGCAUUCAGCACGUGAUAUAUACCAAAUGCUUCUUACUCAUGAGGUGGACAUAGUUCCGAAAGAUUUUUCCGUUGGUCUGCGGGUUGAGCAUCCUCAGGAACUAAUAAACAGCAUUCAGUACUCUGAAUUAUCUGAUGAGGUUCUUAAAGGACGUGGAAAAGUACCAGUUGCUGAUUACAAAAUUGUUGAUUAUGUUGAUGGAAAUAAUAGCUCAGUGACAACUAAGCGUAGUUGUUACUCGUUCUGCAUGUGUCCUGGUGGGCAGGUUGUUCUUACCAGUACCAAGCCAUCAGAACUCUGUGUUAAUGGCAUGUCUUUUUCUCGACGUUCAUCUAAAUGGGCGAAUUCUGCUCUUGUGGUUACCGUCUCAGCAGAGGAUUUCAGUUCCCUUAAUUUUCAGGGACCUCUUGCAGGAGUUGACUUUCAGAGGGAACUUGAGCAGAGAGCAGCUUUACUGGGUGGUGGCAAUUUCGUAGUCCCCGUGCAAACUGUUCCUGAUUUUCUGGAGAAAAAGUUGUCAGCAAGUACAUUACCGUCAUCAAGUUAUCGCUUAGGAGUGAAGGCAGCAAAUCUCCAUGAAUUGUUUCCUUCUCAUAUUACAGAGGCACUGCAGCACUCGAUUUUAAAGUUCGACCAAGAGUUACCUGGAUUCAUUUCCAACAAUGCUCUUCUUCAUGGAGUAGAGACGAGAACCAGUUCUCCAGUCCAGAUACCCCGAAAUGUAGAGACUUACGAGUGCACAUCAUUAAAAGGCCUCUACCCAGUUGGCGAAGGUGCAGGUUACGCCGGUGGAAUUGUUAGUGCAGCAGUUGAUGGCAUGUUCGCUGGUUUCGCACUGGCAAAAAGUUUAGGCCUGUACCAGGGCAGCAUGGAAUCAGUUUUGGGCAAGUCACAGAAUGCUGGUGUUGCAAAUUACUGAAUCCUAUGCAAGUCACUUGACAGAUACAACUCUAGGAAAAAGAAGUUAGGCAGGUUAGGUAAUUCAAAUAAAUUAAUUCAAAGAAAGAAAAGGAAAGAUUCUCUAUUAUUUUUAGUAACUGUGAUAUAUGUGGCAGCCUAAUGAUAAUAUCUGUACCUUAACCCUAUGAGUAUUUUUGCAAUACUAUACAACUUUGAAAUAA